UCCACACACUUCCAUACUCACUCUUUUUAUUAUUCUUCCAAUUCUCCCUUCCGCUCCUCCAACCAUCUUCUUCUUCUUCUUCUACGUCUUGUAAAAUGGGCAUCAAACUUUUCAUGAUCUCAUUCAUGUUAACCUCAAUCAUCUUCUCCUUCCUAUACAUCCUCCCAAACAAACUAACCUUACCAGUCACCAACCUCAACCCCAUGAUUACCUUAAACACCCUUCCCAAAUCACCCAACACACCCUACAAUGUCACCUUUGCAUAUCUCAUCUCAGCAUCCAAGGGAGAAACCCAGAAACUUAAACGCCUACUCAGGGCACUUUAUCAUCCGGGUAAUCAUUAUUUGAUUCACAUCGACUCUGAAGCACCAGAGGUUGAGCAAAGAGACAUUGCUGAGUUUGUGUACGGUGACCCAGUUUUUGGGCUGAUGGGUAAUGUCUUGAUUGUUGGAAAACCAAACUUGGUGACUUACAGAGGACCCACUAUGCUUGCUACUACCCUCCAUGCUAUCUCAAUGCUUUUGAGGUGCUGUAACUGGGAUUGGUUUAUUAAUCUCAGUGCAUCUGAUUACCCAUUACUUACUCAAGAUGAUCUGAUUCAUGCUUUCUCUGAUUUGCCGAAAGACCUCAAUUUCAUACAGCACUCCAGUCGAUUGGGUUGGAAACUGAACAAGAGAGGGAAGCCAAUUAUAAUAGACCCAGGUCUUUACAGCAAGAAUAAGUCAGAUAUCUGGUGGGUCAUUAAAGAGAGGAGUCUCCCUACUGCUUUCAAGCUUUAUACAGGUUCAGCUUGGACAAUGCUAUCGAGAUCAUUUUCGGAGUAUUGCAUAGUGGGUUGGGACAACUUGCCAAGAACUCUCCUUCUUUACUACACAAACUUCGUGUCCUCUCCAGAGGGAUACUUCCAGACAGUUAUAUGCAACUCUAAGGAAUACAGAAACACUACAGUUAACCAUGAUCUUCACUACAUCACAUGGGACAUACCUCCUAAGCAACAUCCUAGGUCUUUAGGACUUAAGGAUUUCAGAAAAAUGGUUAUAAGCAAUCGACCAUUUGCUCGGAAGUUUAAGCAGAACGACUCAGUUCUUAACAGGAUCGAUCACGAUCUCCUCAAAAGGCAACACGAACAAUUCAAUUAUGGAGGAUGGUGUUCUGGGAAUGGAAACUGGCGCAGGGCUUGUACUGGUCUGAAUAAUGAGAAUUAUGGUGUUUUGAAGCCAGGUCCAGGGUCUAGAAGAUUGAAAACUUUGUUGACUAGAUUACUGUCAGAAAGAAAUUUUAGUAGGCGGCAAUGCAGAUGAUUUUUUCUUCUUCUUC